CGUGGUGCCUUGUGUGGGAUGCCGAGGCCCGCCGCCAUGGGGCUGAAGGCCGCCCAGAAGACGCUGUUCCCGCUGCGCUCCAUCGACGACGUGGUGCGCCUGUUCGCUGCCGAGCUGGGCCGAGAGGAACCGGACUUGGUGCUCCUAUCCUUGGUACUGGGCUUCGUGGAGCAUUUCCUAGCUGUCAACCGCGUCAUCCCCACCAAUGUGCCCGAGCUCACCUUCCAGCCCAGCCCCGCGCCCGACCCACCCGGCGGGCUUACCUACUUCCCUGUGGCCGACCUAUCCAUCAUCGCCGCGCUGUAUGCCCGCUUCACCGCCCAGAUACGUGGCGCCGUCGACCUGUCUCUCUACCCGCGAGAGGGGGGUGUCUCCAGCCGAGAACUGGUAAAGAAGGUCUCCGAUGUCAUCUGGAACAGCCUCAGCCGCUCCUACUUCAAGGAUCGGGCCCACAUACAAUCCCUCUUCAGCUUCAUCACAGGCACUAAACUGGACAGCUCUGGUGUGGCCUUUGCCGUGGUGGGGGCCUGCCAGGCUCUGGGUCUCCGGGAUGUCCACCUGGCCCUGUCUGAGGACCAUGCCUGGGUAGUGUUUGGGCCCAACGGAGAACAGACAGCUGAGGUCACUUGGCAUGGCAAGGGCAACGAAGAUCGCAGGGGCCAGACAGUCAACGCGGGUGUGGCUGAGCGGAGCUGGCUGUACCUGAAAGGAUCAUACAUGCGCUGUGACCGAAAGAUGGAGGUGGCAUUUAUGGUGUGUGCCAUCAACCCUUCCAUUGACCUGCACACCGACUCCCUGGAGCUGCUGCAGCUGCAGCAGAAGCUGCUCUGGCUGCUCUACGACCUGGGACAUCUGGAAAGGUACCCCAUGGCACUGGGGAACCUGGCAGAUCUGGAGGAACUGGAGCCCACCCCUGGCCGGCCAGACCCACUCACCCUCUACCACAAGGGCAUUGCCUCAGCCAAGACCUACUACCGGGAUGAGCACAUCUACCCCUACAUGUACCUGGCUGGCUACCACUGUCGCAACCGCAAUGUGCGCGAAGCCCUCCAGGCCUGGGCUGACACGGCCACUGUCAUCCAGGACUACAACUACUGCCGUGAAGACGAGGAGAUCUACAAGGAGUUCUUUGAAGUAGCCAAUGAUGUCAUCCCCAACUUGCUGAAGGAGGCAGCUAGCCUGCUGGAGGCUGGCGAGGAGCGGCCAGGGGAGCAGACCCAGGGGACCCAGAGCCAGGGUUCUGCCCUCCAGGACCCAGAGUGCUUCGCCCACCUGCUGCGGUUCUAUGACGGCAUCUGCAAGUGGGAAGAGGGCAGCCCCACGCCCGUGCUGCACGUGGGCUGGGCCACCUUCCUCGUGCAGUCCCUAGGCCGCUUCGAGGGACAGGUGCGGCAGAAGGUGCGCAUCGUGAGCCGCGAGGCCGAGGCGGCUGAGGCCGAGGAGCUGUGGGGCGAGGAAGCCCGGGAGGGACGGCGGCGAGGCCCCCGGCGUGAGUCCAAGCCCGAGGAGCCGCCGCCGCCUAAGAAGCCGGCGCUGGACAAGGGCCCGGGCGGAGGCCAGGGGGCGAUGUCAGGACCCCCUCGGAAGCCCCCAGGGACAGUCCCCGGCACUGCGCGCGGCCCUGAAGGAGGCAGCACGGCUCCGGCGCCUGCACCCGCAGCGUCGCCGCCACCGGAGGGUCCGGUGCUCACUUUCCAGAGCGAGAAGAUGAAGGGCAUGAAGGAGCUGCUGGUGGCCACCAAGAUCAACUCAAGCGCCAUCAAGUUGCAGCUCACGGCGCAGUCUCAAGUGCAGAUGAAGAAGCAGAAGGUGUCCACACCUAGCGACUACACUCUUUCCUUUCUCAAGCGCCAGCGCAAGGGCCUCUGAACGACCUGUCAGCCCUUGCGGUGCGGGGAGGAGGGCGCCACCCCAGUCACCCCCACUCCCCCGCCCGCCCCUUGAGU